GCGAGACUCUCCAGUAAAUAUAGAAGGCUACUCCAAAGAACAUGUCCAAAAAACAUGAUAAUCAUUCACAGACUGCACUUGCACAUGAUCUUCAUCACUGGCAAAUGACUGAAUGCAGCUGCACAAUUUGUUUCAUUGAAUUAGGACAGCAGCACACAACAGACUCCUGCAAGAAUUUGAUGAUUGUAAGGGGAAAAAAAGAGAUAAAGAAUGGUGCAACUGAAAACACUGAAUGAACUGGCCCAGCUGAGAGACUCCAGGUUUGGUCAGCCAUAUCCCAGACAUGGCCUCAACUUGCUGUGGUGGUUUGCCAAAAAAUGUGUUUACAUUGAUAAAAAGGGCUGUAUGAUUGCACAGUGCAACCCAGAAAAUGGAGAUUUUGGCUUCCACAGAUUCCAUAAUACAGAUGGACUUCUUCCUAGUUCUAGCCUACCAUAUUAUGAAGUGGGCAACUUGAACACCCCUGGCAGACUACCUCAUUAUGUCAAAAGAAAUUAUUACCACUGUUAUUCAGAUGACAGCAACACCGACCGCAUCAUUGUUUCCCUUAUUUCAAGCAGAAAUGGUGAAGUCAAAUAUUUUGACAAGAUUUAUGUGACUCGGCAUUCAGAUCAGGUGCAUUUUGAGCACAAUCGCACUUACCUCAUCAGCAGAGGUCUCAUAAAGAUCAUUGAAAACUUUGAAAGCAGGGGCGAAUUUCUCAGUAAAACAGUGGACAACCAGAGAUAUGAUCCAGAGGCCGUUCUGCAGCCUGAAUCCUUCAGAAAUAAAAAAAAUUCAACAGAAAGCAGACCAUUUCAGAGUCAGAACUUGCAACAGUCAUCAAAUCACACCACAUUGAAAACCAUUGGAGGAUGCUGUGGUCUGUUUUGCUGGUCUGCACUGCUAAUCGUUCUUUUUCUAAUUUAUCACUUUAGAAUUUAAUUCCUUUGUAAAAUUAUAAUAAAUCCCCUUUGGUAACACUUUACAAUAUGGGUGCAUUAAUAAGCAUUCAUUCAUGCUUAACUAAUGCACAGAUAAUAUUGAGUUAAUAUGACUUAUGAUUAACUAAGCCAUUCAUUAAUGAUUGCCACAUCAGCAACUAAUAAAGAGUCUGUCUGAUUAAUAUAUUAAGUCAUAUAUGAAUUGCUAUUAAUUAAAUGUGUCAUUGUGGAUUAAUUCCCUAACAACUUCUUAUAUGAACUAAUAGUGUUAAUUAAUGUGUUAAUUACCACAAUGACCAGAAGCCAUGUAUUUGAACUUCCACCCAAUACGGGUGCACUAAUAUGCAUUAAUACAUGCUUAAUUAAUGCAUUAUUACUGCAAAUUCAUGUGUUAAUUACUAGGGCUGACACGAUUAGUCAACGUUAUCGACAACAUCGACAAUAAAAAAUUGUCGACAAAAAUUUCCGUUGUCGAAUAGUCAUUUGAUCUUAACGUAACAUAAGAUCACAUGAAACUCUAAUGAUUGCACACAAGAGCAGCACUGCAGCUCGCGCCUGACUGAGGAGAAGAAGAAAACACAUCUCACAGUCCAGACGCACUCUCAACUUUCCAAACAGCUUCAGGUGAUGUAGAUCGCAAAGUAUGAGGGAAUUAUAAUGCAAAAAUACAAAAUAAGUAAAUACAGAAGCACUCUUGUUGUGGAAUAAGCAGAGCUGGAGCUGACACUCAGCUUAAGCAAAACUUGCUUGUCAAGUGUCUUUAAAGGAAACACCCCAGCGUUACAUCUUUAAUGCAGUUCUAUUUAAUGUGUUACAGCUUUAUUAAAGUUAAAAUAAUAAGGAAACUGGCAUUUCUCUGUGCAGUCAGCACCUCUUCUAUGAGUUGCGCAAAGUGUCCUGAUCUAAGGGGGAGAGAUUGAAGCUGCACCCGGCUGAUGUACACUCUGUCGCGGGGACGCUCAUCCCUCGAGUGCACGCGCUUAAUGCAUCUAGAUUAUAACGCAACUUAAUGAAUCAUAAUAUAUGUCACUGUGUAUUUCUUAUCGUGAAGAAAAUUGGCAAAACGCAGCUUUAUUAAUAAGAGAGAGUUUGUUUUUUUGUGAGUUAAAGAUGGAUUGAAGUGAACAAAAAGAUGAGAGAGGGUAGUCUUCGCCCCAUUAUACCCUCGCCCUGCAGAUUAUUGGUUCCACGUUCACUGUGGGGGAGGCGGAUGCCGAGCCAGAGUUCCACGACAUGGCCGCUGAGACAGAGUGCCACGACAUGGCCGCCGAGCCAGAGUUCCACAUCAUGGCCGCCGAGUCAGACGUGGCCGCCGAGCCAGACAUGGCCGCUGAGCCAGAGUUCCACGUCAUGGCCGCCGAGCCAGAGUUCCACUUCAUAACCGCCGAGCCAGAGUUCCACGACAUGGCCGCCGAGCCAGAGUUCCACGACAUGGUUGCCGAGCCAGAGUUCCACGUCAUGGCCGCCGAGCCAGAGGUCCACGUCAUGGCCGCCGAGCCAGAGGUCCACAUCAUGGCCGCCAAGCCAGAGGCGGUCAUGCCCUCAGCCUGCUUCAUGCCAUGUCACAGCAUGGCCUGUCGAUCACUCGACAUCGCCUCGGCUCUGCAUUCCCUCAGCUCCACUGCGGUUCUUCAGCCUGUCGGCUUUGCCAGGGUCCCCCGUCCCACCUGCUCCUCCUUGGACUGUCGGUCACCUGGCUCCGCCUUGGCUCUCCGAUCCUCUGGCUGCGCCUCGUCCCUCCGAUCCAUCAGCUCCACCUGGGACCUCCUUCCCUAUGGCUCCACCUUGGUCCUCCCUGCCAUCGGCUCCACCCUGGCCCUUUGAGUCUUCGGCUACUCUCUGGGUACCAAGUUCCCUGGUGUCGCCCUUCAAGUCUCUCAUUGACUCUGCCCUGGUCCCAUGCCCCACGCCCUGUCACGCCAGGCCACACCCCACGCCAUGCCCUUCCAAGCUACGUUUCAAGACACACCACCCCCCCCCCCCAGCUCCCUACAGACCUUUGUGUUGAUUCAUGUUUUAUGUGUUUGUUCAUGUGUUGGGGCAUCAGGAGCCGCCCCUUAGUGGGGGGGAUAUGUCACGUGUAUUUUGUUGAUUCAUGUUUUUUUUUAUUUUGUAAAGUUUAGUUCCUGUUUCAUGUCAUGUGUUCCUGGUCAUGUGAUGUACUGUUUUCCCUCCAUGUUCAUGUGUCUUGUUUUCAUUGGUUCAUUGUUUGAUUAUCUUGUUUAGAGUUCUGUUUGUUCAUUGGUUUAUGUUCUCCCAUGUCCAAGUAUUUAAGCCCUCAUGUUUUCUAUUGUUGAUUGAGGUAUUGUGUGAAUGUAACUUUGUUAGAUAGUUCAUGUCAAGUUUAAGUCUAGUCAAGUCAAGUUCAUGUUUAUGUUUAUUUUCCAUGUUUGUAGUUAGGGUUUUGUGGAUAUCAAGACACAUAUGUAUAUGUGAUAUUUUGUAUAACUCUUUUUUACAAAAUGUCAAUGUCAAUGUUUUUGGAAACCGAUGUUAAAUAAACAGCUUUUAUAAAGUCCAA